AUGCGUUCUUCGGUCUUCGCUCUUGCGGCUUCUCUUGGUACGGCCUCUGCUCAUUACACGUUCCCCUCGCUUUUAUCGAAGGGAGUGACGACGAGCCCUUGGGAGAACGUUCGCAAGACAAACAACUUCCAAACCAAUUCCCCUGUCACCGAUGUUACGUCGGCCGACUUCCGCUGCUACGAUACAGCGACGGACGCGACAGCCACUACUCUGUCCGUGUCAGCAGGUCAAGAGAUUGGUUUCGUUGUUGGCGACGGCGGCACAAUCUACCACCCGGGCGUCGUGAACAUCUACAUGGCUGAGAUACCCGCGGGUUCGGAUGCCACCACUUGGGCCGGUGACGGCGCUGUCUGGUUCAAGGUUCAUGAGGUCCCACCUAUCACCAACGGCGGUAGCAGCAUCAGCUUCCCUGCCCAGAACGUGCCCAGUGUCUCCUUCACGCUGCCCGAGGCCCUCCCGAGCGGAAGCUACCUCAUUCGCAUGGAGGCUAUCGCGCUUCACGCUGCAAGCACAUUCGGUGGUGCCCAAUUCUACAUCUCUUGCGGUCAGAUCAACGUCACGGGCGGUGGAUCGGGAACCCCAGGGCCCAAGGUCGCAAUCCCUGGUGUAUAUACCGGCAAUGAGCCUGGUAUCUUGAUCAACAUCUACUAUCCUGUGCCAGCGACGUACACCAUGCCCGGCCCGGCUGUUUGGUCAGGUUGA